CUCCCCGAUUUCUGCCCCUAAUCCGAAAGCACCGCCUGCGCCUUUAAGAGCUCGCGUACCUAUGCUGUAAACAGCGAGGAAGGUGGGGCGCCGCGGCGCGCGCGUGGCUCAGCGUCUGUCCCACCAAUUUGUCGCGCGCACUUUUUCCUACUCUUCCCCUGCCUACGGUACGUCGCCUCCUAAGAUUUUCUCGUUGCCCCUUAGUCCUGGCGGCGGUGUUAGGGGAGUGAGGUGAGCUGAGCUGAGCUGAUCAGGGAUCCGUGUCUCCUCGCCCCCACCUCUCCUCCCCUCCCGUCCCUCCCGCGUGCAAAGCGAGAAGCUCCUUCCGGGUUAGCCAGAAUUACCCCCCUCGCAAUCCUCGCCCCAACAUAACACAACGCGGGAGGCGGCAGCAGCCAGACACCCGGCGCGGGGAGAAGGAGCAGGAGCAGCGGCAUCUCCCUCCUGGCCGCGGGAGGAUGGGAGCGAGCAGCCGAGCCCAGCCGAGAGGUGGCACCACCAGCCGCAGCCAGACGGGAGGCUGUGGCGCCGCCUGAGUGUCCGGGCAGGCAGGGCGAAAGGCGGCGGCUCGCGGCGACGAGGAGCGAGGCAGUGGGCAUGGAGCGGCAGUGCUCUGGCGCGGCCGGGAAGCCCAGCGCGGGCAGCCGGACGGCCCCGGACGGCGCGCGGGGCUCGGGGCCGUCGUCGCUGUCGUCGAUGGGCGCCCUGCAGCGCGGGGGCAGCCAGAGCGCCGAGCCGGACGAGCUGAUCCGCAGGGCUCUGGAUUUCAAGAGCCAAGGCGCGCAGUGCUACAAGGAGAAGAAAUUCCGCGAGGCCAUCGGCAAGUACCACCGCGCGCUGCUGGAGCUCAAGGGGUUGCUGCUGGCCCAGGAGGAGGACGACGACGGGGACGGAGACGCCGCCAGCUCCGCCGCCGCCACCGCACCCUCGUCCUCCUCCGUCGGCGCCGGCGGCGGCUUGGGCAGAAGCCUCACGGGCGAGCAGAGCCAGCUGCUGGAGAGUAUCGAGAUCGACUGUUACAACAGCUUGGCAGCCUGCCUCCUUCAAGCUGAGCUGGUGAAUUAUGAGAGAGUCAAGGAAUAUUGCCUGAAAGUACUGAAGAAGGAAGGAGAGAACUUCAAGGCACUCUAUCGGUCAGGCGUAGCGUUCUACCACCUGGGAGACUACAACAAGGCACUUUACUACUUGAAAGAAGCAAGGUCUCGACAGCCAACAGGUACAAAUACCAACGUUGUGCGGUACAUCCAGUUGACAGAGAUGAAGCUUAGCAGAUGUUCCCAGAGGGAAAAAGAAGCUUUGUGAGAAGGCGUCGGACUGCAUGAGGGGAUGUUUCCUCCCCAGAUGGACUUUUCCUCUCUCAUGGCUCCACCUUAGCUGACAGUCUCUUCCCACCAACUUCCUGCUUUACUUUUGAUCCCAGCUGGAGUGCGGUGGGGUGGGGUGUUCAUUGGUAUUAGAAAGAAGAGACUCAAAAUCCUGGUUCUGGCUUUGGCAGCUUGAUGGCACAAAUCGAAGCCCUCAAAGCACAAUCGAUACAGCCAAUGGCCUUCUGGGACUUCUGGACAAAGGUUCAAAGGGAGCGAUGGAAGGCCAUCUCCUCCACCUUGUGCUUUUCCCAUUCGCUGCUGCUGUCACACUCACCAGCAAACAGAAGGAUCACCAGCCUUUCUUCUCAAAUGCAGAGGCAACAAGGAGGGCUGAGAGUCUGCAGCCGCCUCACCAGAGCCAGACCCCCGUUGGGCAGCUUUCUACACUUGCAGAUUUUUACGUUC